GUAGUAUGUCAGUCUCUAGUUGUUGGCCUAUCCAUUCUUCCUAAACCACCAUUUUCCAAACACCCUUCUAAACUACCACCCAACUAUUUAGAGAGAGAAAAUAUUGCCAUCAUUAGCAUAUCAUUAUUAUUAAAGGCCUUUGCUUAAUUCUUCAUCUUACUUCCUUACACACCCAAAAACAAACAGAGAAAAAUAGAAACAGGGGACACCCCCUUUAUUUUUUUCCCUUCCAAUUCAUUAGGGAAAUACCCUCAUUUUGAAGCUACAUCAACAUCAUUUUUGCUUCAUUUUCACAUCACUUUCUUAGUGUAACUACUUAUUAUAAAUCAUCUCCCUCAAAAUAUGGAAGAAAAUCCAGCAAUUUCAAUGGCAAAAGCAGCAAAAAUCAUAAGAAGAUCAAUCUAUACAUUUCUUCAACACUACCAUUUUUUCACCUCAAUAGCUUCUUUGAUUGUUCUUCCUUUCGCAAUCUCAAUUCUCAUCACUCAAGCAACUGUCCCUCGAUCAUUAGUUUUCUUCCCUACCAUCUAUGGCCGCCUCCACUCGAUCUUCCAUGCUGCAGGCUUCCCUCCUUCCUCCGAUUUAUUCGCACUCGUAAGCCUUAAACUCUCUCAAACCAUCUCCACUUCCAUCAUCACCCUUCCUUUUACCAUCUCCUUCUUUCUCCUAGCAAAAGCCUCAAUCAUACAUUUCUUCACCAAUAUUAUAACUCAACAUCCAACAUCAAAUUAUUACUCACUUUCACCUCCUUCUUCCUCUUUUACCACCCUUUACAACCCCAUUCUAUCGACACAUCUUUGCAACUGUUUCAUCAUCUUUGCAGCCAACGCUACAUGUUUCUCUCUUCUUUUCUUCGCCUUCAACUUCCUUGAAGGUUUCCACCUUAACACCCCCAUUUGGGUGCUUACUUUCUCAGUUUUUGCCGCGGUCUUUUACUCCAUUGUUCUUGCUAACACUUUUGUUGUAUGUAACUUAGCAUUGAUCUCUUCAGGUAUUGAAAGAAGGGGUGGUUUUUUGUCUAUACUUAAAGCAUGUGUCUUAAUAAGAGGUAAUACCUCCACUGCUUUGGCCUUAGCUGUGCCAAUUAAUCUUGGCCUUGCUGCAGUCGAGGCCUUGUUUCAUUUCAGAAUUGUGGCUGCUUCACAACACGCUCAUCGUUUCGAUACCACCAACUCCUUGUGGCUUGUAGCACUCGAAGGCGUCCUCAUUGCUUACAUUUACUCCGUCUUAUUAGUUCUUGAUGUCAUUAUCAGUUGUAUGUUCUACCAAAGUUGUCAAAAUGAUCAAGCUUUUAUUCAUCAAAUUACACAAGGCUAUCCUGCAAAUGAUCAAGAUGCUUAUGUAAUGGAGGUUGAUGAGGAAUUUCGUUGCUAUGAUUAUGAUGUUGAGAAAUUGAAAGGGUUAGAAGAAUUUGUAUGAGUUUUAUUUCAUUAAAAAAGGAAGGUAUGAAUUAAGGGUAGAUUUUUUUUUUCCUUCUUUUAAUGUAUUGUUCUUCAGUUGGAAAAGGAGCAUUUUGUACAGAAAUUAAAGGGGGAAAAAAGAUAGAUUAUAAACCAAAAGAUGUUGCAAAUUGAAGAUGGGAAAAUCAUCAAAUUUAGUGGGAUUGAUUUUCAUGGUUCAAUACAAAUUUGUACACCCAAUUAAGAAAAAUUCAUUGUUUGCAAUUAAAUUAAGGAUUUAAUUAUGUUUUUCUAUAGAA